AGUGCAAUGACGGAAGAUAGUGCUCGGUUUAAUUUCUCAUCUAAGUUAAUAUGAACGUUUUUUGUUAAAUUCGCUUUUCUGUAGGCUUUUUAUUUUGGGAUGAAUUUCUGCAUGAUACGGUCUUUGUACGGUUGCGUUUUUUUUUUAAUCUUUUUUUGCAUUAGGAGACCAUGAAUGUGAUGUUACAAAACAACUGUGUUAAACAAAACAAACCAGUAGCCUAGAAUCUGUUAAUGUUUACAAAUGUCACAGAGCGGCUCUGAGAAUGACAUCUGGAAUUAUAAACCUCUUAAGAAGACCAAAAAACGAAGCUGCAAAUCACAGAUAUCAAGGGAACGUGGGGCAAAGAAGAGAAAGGAUUGCAACCCUGGGACAUCAGUGCAAACAACCAAAGUCAACAGUGCUGAAACACACACUGAUUUAGACCAGAAUAGCAAUACUGCGCCCAUUUACACUGUAAGCUCAGACUCUGUGGACGUGAAUCAUGGUGGGACACUUUCUCAGGAUGUCCAGGAUACAGACACUCAGUCAGGAGGCUUCUGUCCUGUCUGUCAAAUGCCAUUUUCCCUUUUGGUGGUUCAGUCUCAACAAUGGCAUGUUGCAGAAUGCUUAGAUACCCCUGUUGACAAUUGUAAAGAAUGUCCAGAUGGUCUUCAAUGUACGUCCUCCAUUCCCAAUCAUUACAAAAGGCACAACCACUCUCUGCUCGCUCAGAGUCGAGCGUUGAACGACUGCACGGUUCAAGGCAUCUCAGACUUCAGCUUGAAGUCACAUAAUAAUGUUGCUCCCACAAAUGGUACAGAGAGCUCAGUGUACAGUGCUUUAAAUAAAUUUACUUCAUCCAGCCAAAACUCAUCCUCCGGUGAUGUGCCAAAGGGAACUCCCACCCAGAGCAAUGCUCUGCUGCUUUUGCGCUCCCCUAACACUGAGGACAUCAAGAAAAAGAAAGGCUGGUCUCCUUCCAUCAAAAGAUCUCAGUCCCAGAAUUCAUCGCAGGAGUCAAGCAUGACAAUUCCAUCUCCAGUCAAGGCACAUAGUGUUCACAGUGCUGUUCAGACACAGACUAAUGAGGUUAAAGAAGAGCUCUUUAAAUGUAUUAAUGAUGAUUAUAUCUCCUACUCUCCACUCUCCGAACUUCAAGAUGUGGAUGAGGAGCACAGGAUGCAAAAAAACAAUAAAGAGAUACUGUUUCCCAGUACUGCAUUGCAGGAAGAUGAAAAUAAAGUUGAUGAUGAUUCUCUUAAACUGUUCAGCGAUGAAGAUGAUGAUCUGUUCUUUGAUAUGCUGGACCAAUAUGAGACUGGGAACAGGGAACAUGGGCCAGACAAAAACUCAUUGGACACCUGUGAGAAACUGCAGACAUCGUUAGCACCUGAUAAUCACCUGACCAAUUCCAGUUCCACAGGUGUUUCUGAUGGAACAAAUUCUAAGCAGGGAGCUCAAUCAAUGGGAAAACAUGCCACAACAAACAAUGAAGGUCCAAACUCUCUGUUACAGUCACCCCAAAGUUUGGUAUUAGAGCAUCUUCGGGAUCGUAUAUCUAAUCCUGCACGUGUCAACAGUUUGGCUUCACCUUUUGAAGAAGUUAACGCCACUUUCAUAAACCAAGAAUUGUCUUCCACCCAAACAGCCCUAUCCAUAACUCAGAAAACACCGUCUAUGGCUCCUAGGAGGACUCAGAAUAAGACCGGUCCCUCUGGAUUAAAGCAAACAGACAUUGGAGUGUUUUUUGGCCUGAAGCCAUUGAGUGAAAAAAAGGCUGAGGAGGAAGUGAAGGCAACGGUCAGGGAGGCUGAUCAGCAAGGGCCUAGGAAAGCAAGGAUUUCAGAAGCUCAGGGGGAAGACGCUAGGCACCAGGGUAGACGGCGUAGGAAGACCAAAGCACCAUCUGAAGUGUCCAGUGUCUCGCCUGCUGCAGAAGAUGGUAUGACUAGGCCCACGCAAACAGAAGGGAAAAGAGGAGGGAGGGCAGAGGGGUGGAAGAGAUGGAACAGAGGAAAAGCGACAGAUGGAGAUCCCGAGGAGCCCAAGCGCUGUCCGUUCUACAAGAAAAUUCCUGGAACUGGAUUUGCUGUGGAUGCUUUUCAGUAUGGGACUGUUGAAGGCAUCACAGCCUACUUUCUCACUCACUUCCACUCGGACCACUACGGUGGCUUGAAGAAAAACUCUGUCUUGCCCAUCUAUUGUAACAAAGUAACUGGUAACCUUGUGAAGACCAAGCUGAAGGUGGAUGAGCAGUAUGUUCAUGUUCUCCCAAUGAACACAGAGUGUAUAGUACAAGGAGUGAAGGUCACUCUCCUGGAUGCUAAUCACUGUCCUGGGGCAGCCAUGUUGCUAUUUGUGCUGCCAGACGGCCAGAAGGUACUCCACACCGGUGACUUCCGGGCUGAUCCGUCCAUGGAGCGUUACCCAGAGCUGCAGGGUCUCAGGAUACAGACCCUCUAUCUAGACACAACGUAUUGCAGUCCAGAAUAUACCUUUCCCACUCAACAGGAAGCCAUCACCUUUGCUGUAAACACAGCUUUUGAACAGGUCACUAUGAACCCUCGUACACUUGUGGUGUGUGGCACCUACUCAGUUGGGAAAGAGAAGGUCUUUCUAGCUGUAUCGGAAGUGUUAGGCUCUAAAGUAUGCUUGUCCAAGGAUAAGUAUAACACCAUGUGCUGCCUGGAGUCCGAGGAGAUUGGCUGGCGCAUCACUACAGACUGGCAGGCGGCCCAGGUGCAUGUGCUACCUAUGAUGCAGCUCAAUUUUAAAAACCUGCGGACACACUUGAAUAAGUUCUCCAGGAAGUAUGACCAGCUAGUGGCCUUCAAACCCACAGGCUGGACCUUCAACCAAACUGUGGGAGUGGAAGACAUUCAACCUCAGACCCAAGGGAACAUCAGUAUCUAUGGUAUUCCCUACAGCGAGCACAGCAGUUAUCUAGAGCUGAAGCGUUUCGUGCAGUGGCUGCAGCCGAAAAAGAUCAUCCCCACUGUGAAUGUGGGCAGCUGGAGGAGCAGGAAAGCCAUGGAGGGCUUCUUCUAUGAGUGGCAGACUGAAAACCAGAAACCUUAGCUCGACACCAUGUGCCCUGAGAAGCUCAAGCUGUGGAACAAGGCAAUAAAGUAAACUGACAUCCACAAUCAAACCUUUGACCAAACAGUCAGAUGGUGCCUUUAUUGAUUGGACCUCUGAGUGUUUUGGGUUGCCUUCUUUCAUUUGUAAAGAAGGGGCUUCAACCUGCCAUUUAAGUGCUGGUUGCACAACGGUUAAUAGUGUUUCAUUUUACUAUUGGCUCCCUUGCCUGUUUUUACCUUGCCAGUGGCUAAUGCUGGAAUGGACCACAUAUGCCCUCUUAUUUUAGGAGGGUUUUUUUUUACUCGAAGUUUCUAAAGGAAAUAAAUUCUAUUCACUCUA